UUUACAUCAGUGAAGACGCGCGUGUUAUUUUAUUGUUGGAUUUCUGCAGAUUUUCCACAAACCGGAUGUUUAAGCUGCACACUGCGUCUUUAAGCUCCGCCGGAUAAAUGAGCGGAGCUGAUCAGCUGUCAGUGUCCGGUGAGGGAGGCGCUGGCACCAGAAUCAGAGCAGCCCCCCGUCCUCCUCUCCUCCUCCUCCUCCUCCUCCUCUCCUCCUUCUCUCCACCUCCGCCGCCGACCGACCGACCGACCGACACUUGCAGCCAUUUUACGCAGCGCGAACCCGGUCAUGUCGUGAGGGGAGGCUCUCGCUGGUCACCUGCGCAGAGGCAGCAGCCGCCCGGUGGUCGCGCUCAGGCGGGCGGUGCAGGCGGCUCCGGCCAAAAUGGUGAAGAGGAAAAGCCUGGACGAGAACGAGCCGGAGUGCGGGAAAGGAAUACCGUUCCCCAUCCAGACCUUCUUAUGGAGGCAGACCAGUGCAUUUCUGCGUCCAAAGUUGGGAAAGCAGUAUGAAGCCUCCUGUGUGUCCUUUGAACGGGUGCUGGUGGAGAAUAAGCUCCACGGGCUGUCGCCGGCCCUGUCAGAGGCCAUCCAGAGCAUCUCCCGCUGGGAGCUCGUCCAGGCAGCUCUGCCUCAUGUACUCCACUGCACCUCCAUCCUGCUGUCUAACAGGAACAAGCUGGGUGAGGACAGGCAGGACACACAUUACCCCGGCUCUAGGCAUCGACUUGACAGCCUCAUCCAG